CUUCUCCAUUCUACUUUCACGCACUUUUCGAGACUCGCUACCGCCCAAGCUCAAACAUAGUUGCUGAAUAUGAACAGGAUCCCUGUCGUCCUGACUAUUGACGAGAUUGAAUACCUCCUCGAUCAGCUGCCGCCUCCUGACAAGGAAGAAGAUAGUAUUGUUACCAAGUUGCGGGAGCGACUCCAGCAGUCUCUGGCAGAAGUCAGGAAAGGGGCCGAGUAGGCGUAAUCGGGGCAUGCGACGUAAUCUUCUUAGCUCCACCUUCCGGGCGUACUCUGUUUCCUCCAGCCUUCGAUAUGUUCAGAAUGGGAAUGCUCUGUCAAGCUGCAGCGAACCAAUACCUUCAUUCCCCAUCACGCUACUCGACCAGCAAGCUAAACCUCCCUUAUCCCUCAAGCGCUUCUUCCACCACGGUCGGCAUCCUCUCCACAAUGUCUCUAUCUCCGGUCUUUCGCCUUCCCACCUCCACAACAUUCGGCAUCCACACCGCCGCAAGUUCACUCUUCAGACUCAAACCUGGUGUCACGUUCCAAGGCAGUCUGGACAUGUCUUGAGUGACGAUGAUGGGACCUGCUUGGGUGGGAUGAGUCUUCAAGAUCUGAUACUGUCGUCCUUGUUCCCGAAGAGAAUCGAGUUCUUCGCGGGAGAGUUUUCGGGGUCUGUCCGCAGGCGCAUAAUGAAAGUCGCGCGCGAUGACGGGGGGCGGGCACUGGAUAGCCGAGGGCAUAGCAAUGGCUGUUUUGGACAUGUCUGUAUUACCAGUCUCGAAGCUGCUUGGUGCAGAGGACCAUUCCCACGUUCAAGAGAUAUCACUGAUAUACUACGGGCUUCCUCAAGGGGCUUGGAUCUCGUGGCUUUAUGCGCAUGAGAAUAUUCGACUCAUCACCAGGUGUCGACUCAUGCCGGGACAUGGCGCCACAUGUCUUCGGACUUGGAUUCUUGAGUGCCAUCUUUUGUGAGUCUCGACUGGAGAUGCCAGGAACCUUUGUGGGCUAUAAUCGUGCAGCGAUAUUGUGGACGGUUGAGCCCGAACGAGGGCGUUCUUUUGAGGGGCUUCUCUACUCGCAAUGCGCCAGAACCAGG